UUUGGGGGAGGAAUUCAUUCUGGUGCUGGACGCCAUGCUACCAACGACUGGGAGACGGCAAAUGGGAAAAACACCAAGCUAUGGCUCACGGAUAAGAGCGCGAAAUAAGAGCUCUUGUCAAACAGAUGGGUUUGUUGGACUCACUGGCGCUCACGAAUGUAGCUACAUACAGUAUCCGCCUCGACUCUUUGAUCUGAAUACAUGGCUCGUCCAUCGUCGAGCAGCAAGCAACGUGAUCCGAUGGACCCUGUUCGCGCGUCCCCCAUUCCUUCCGAAUGCCAAUCUCCUCCACUCCCUCGAACACCGCACCACCGUACGUCUCAUGAGGACGUGAGCACGGGACAGCUGUUACAGCCGCAAUUUGUGCCAGCACAACAUGGCGCGCCACACCAAACCUUCAGCGUGGAUCUGGCCUUCCCACGCCUGCCUGGCACAGCCAUCGAACCAUCGCCGACCGCUAACACGUGGUUGGACGAAGGCGAGCAGAAGAUGACGUUCGCGCAACUCAUCUACAUCGCACUCCAGAGCAAGGAAACGAAGGCAAUGGGGCUGGGCGAACUCUACCACUGGUUUGAGCAAAACACCUGGAGAGCCAACAAAGGAGGCGAAGGAUGGAAAAACAGCGUUCGCUCGAACCUGAGCGUGAACAAGGCCUUUCAACGAGUGGAACGAAAAGGCUCCCUCUGGCAGCUCGCUGAGGCAGGAUUGACGGAAUUCCAACCAACGCGUAAACCCCGAACGGAUCGCCGGGCGAGUCGCAGGAAAAAGGCAGAGGGGUCAUACAAAUGGAAGAUCAGCGUCGCAUCACCUUCACCGUCUUGCGCGCCCACUUUGCAGGAUCACUCGAAGGAAAAUGUUGGGCGCUACGUCCACUGGCCCUACUGCAGCUGCCUCUGUGGCCGACAACAAUUUUGUUGGACAGACGUGAAUGACAUGUUGCCAUUAUGCGCCCCGACAGCGUUUGCUCCCAUGUCGACGAGCAUGGGAGUGGGUUCUAGUCCGCCGUCGGAAACGUCCGUGCAAUGGGAGAUCUGACGGUUGAAUCUGGUCUUGGCAAACUACACAGAAGUACAUUAUAGCAAUGGGGCAUGGACGGGCCACUGUCUCCAGACGGCGCAGACAUAGAAACACAGACAGCGGAUAAGAUAUGCGCUGUCAUGCCAGAGAAUGCAUGCGCCAAUUCGAUCUUCCCGCUCUUGAUGUGUGUUGGAACGCUGACUUGCGACGCCUGAUGGACCUGC